AUGGGAAACGAAACAAGCUUUACCAACCAGUCGACCCCACCCGGCAACUCAACGAUCGAUCCUGUCUCGUUACAGAGUCACGCCAAGGGAAGAUUUGGUGGAAGUGUUUCUACUGCAGUUACCAGACAACCACAAAGCUUGCGUUUGCUGAGAAGUGGCUUCACGUACACCGAGUGUGGCCUUGCGCCCAUAUUACCGACACCAAAGUUACUCUUCUACCCGAAAAACCGUGCCUACCUGGCGCGCGAGUACUCGUGCGAGCACUGCGACUACCGAGGCCCCGACCCCCUGUUUUUGUUCGCAGGCAAGUCGAGCCGGUUGAGCAUGAUAUCCCUGCUGCGGCGCAACUUCAAGCAGUUCGGCAAAAAACCCCGGCCUCUGACCCGCAGCCGGAGCGACCAGCGCCAGCGCAUUCAUCUCCAAGGGAGGUCCGAGCUGGAGAUCGAGCGCAUCGACGAGGACGAUGUCUCCUCCGAGUCCCGGGACAGUCUUGUGUUCCCUGCCUCGUUGGGCCUCGUCUCCCGGCAGUACCUCGAGCAGCAGCAACUACUGCAACGCCAACAUCAACAGCAGCUGCAACAGGAUCAGGAGCAGCAGCAAAAGCAAGAACCAAGCCAGUCGAGGGAGUUCAGGUGCAGGUUUUGCGGCAAGGGCUACAGGUGGAAGAGCACCAUGAGGAGGCACGAGGUACUGGAGUGUGGCAACAAGCCGCCCUCCUUUCAGUGCCCCCAGUGCCCCUACAAGGCCAGACAGAGGGGUAAUCUCACGGUGCAUUUCAAGCGACACCAUCAGCCCGAGUGA